AUGUCUUUUACACAGGAACAUAAAAAUCAGGAGCAGGGGUUGGCUAUUCAGUCUGGUUUGCCAUUUAAUGAGAUUGUGGCUGAUUGGAUUGAUCAGGAACUUUACUUCACAGAUCCCAAGCAGCUCCUGGACAUCUACACCGAGCUGGAGGAACAAAACCUGUCACUAAUUCUCAACUCGCAGGAAACUGAGGAGGCGGUGGAGGAGAUCAAACAGGCCAUGGCUACUGCCCAACUUAAGAUGAACUGUGAGACAGAUUUUCUGAAGCAGCAGCUGAACAUGCUAAAUGAGGCUGUAGCCAAGGAGGAGAGCAGGGCUGCAGAACUCGAACUCAAAGCCAAGAUGUUCUCCUUCAGCCAGAGCACAAUCGAAGAUCAGGAUAAAAUGCUGGAUUCUCUGGAUCAGAAAGUGGGAGAGGUUUACAGAGCCUGUAUUGGUGAGAAUGAGGCCAACAUGAGCACGUUACAGAUGCUAACCAGUAUCGAGAACUACCUGGAAGACCUGUUUGAGAAUCUGGAGAAGUUUCCUCGGGAGAAGGUGGAAUUGGCACAAAGGAACAAAGAAAAGGAAAGAAGGAUGAGGGUACGGGAGGAGAGACUGAUGGAAGAGAAGCUUCACCAGGAAGAGCGAAUCCACCGAGCAAUCGUCAGAUCUCAGGCUGAGCACCAGAAAAAGACUGGGAGGAAGCUCGUGUAUCGAUCAAACCCACCUUUAAUGAAGGAGCUGGAGAAAGAGAACCAGAUUACCACUGACAAGGAGAAGGAGGAAAAUGAGUAUUACUUUAGCAUGUAAAUCUGUGGUUUAGGAAGUUCUACAUCACAUUGGCAUCACUGCAUUGUAAUGUUUCCCCAAGGCUCAUGGCUUGCAAUGAAGUUUUACUUCAAGCAGUUUCCAUUGAUUUUUCUCUUUUCGAAUCACAGCAACCCCACAGGCACAAACUGCAGCUGCAAGCACCUAAAACAUUUUAUAACGUCUCAGAAGUUUUAGUUUUCUUGUUUAUGGGGCACUGUAAGUUUGUAGUGUGUAUUCACAGAGAUAGUAUAAAUGAUUGAAAUAAAUGUCACUAUUUUCUUGCCUCUUUCAA